AUGGAACCUGAGAACGCGGAAUCUUCAGACAAAGAACUAAGCUGGGAUAUUAAUGAUAUGAAACUGCCGCAGAACGUGAAAAAGACGGACUGGUUCCAGGAGUGGCCCGACGCCUACGAGAAACACAUCUACAGCUCCGACGACAGGAACGCACAGCGCCACCUGAGCAGCUGGGCCAUGCGCAACACCAACAACCACAACUCCCGCAUCCUCAAGAAGUCCUGCCUGGGCGUGGUGGUGUGCGGACGCGACUGCUCGGUCGCCGAGGGCCGCAAGGUCUACCUGAGGCCAGCCAUCUGCGACAAGGCCCGACAGAAGCAGCAGAGGAAACGCUGUCCCAACUGCGACGGGCCCCUGAAGCUCAUUCCCUGCCGGGGCCACGGGGGCUUUCCCGUCACCAACUUCUGGAGGCACGAUGGACGCUUCAUAUUUUUCCAGUCAAAGGGAGAGCAUGACCAUCCAAAGCCAGAAACCAAAUUGGAAGCUGAGGCCAGAAGAGCAGUGAAGAAAACACACUCAGCGUCUUCCUCAGUCUCCUCGAAGCUGAAACAGAGCCCAGAGAUAAAGCCUCUUCCAGGUGAAACACAGAGUUGGGAAAAUUUAACUUGGUCUUUCCAGGAAGCUGUCCAACUGCCUCCUAGUUACAGCGGACAUGUGAUAGGUUACACUCCCCAGCAGAAGGCAUGGAAUGAUGGCUCAUCCUUCCCCGAGAGCUAUGGUUUGGGGGGUACCUCUGAGCUGGCAAACCUCACUCCCACCCUGGGCCCCCCUCAGCUCUACGACAAAUGGGAUUUGUCCCACAGUCGGGUCUCCAGCAGUGGAGACCUGCUCCAGCCCUCCAUCUCUGGAGUCUUCUCUGAUUACAGUGAUCUGCAGGCGUGGAAUAAGAAUGUGGCUUUGGGACGAAGUCCUCUGAAUGACAACAGUUGUCCCAGUUACCCAUUUCCUCUGACCAGCUGGCCCUAUGACUUCUCCCCUUCCCAGAGCUCUUCAGAACCCUUCCACCAGCCGGUUCCAGUGGAACCACCAGCAGUCAAAUCCAGCUAUCCACCCAUAUGGCCAAAUCAAGGGGGUGAACUUUAUGAAGAGAAGGUGCCUGUGGAUUUUAACAGCUACCACCCUCCCACCACAUGCCAUUCACCGCAGGAAGACCCCCUUCUCCUCAGCCAUACCUCUCAGCCUUAUCAUCAAUAUGCCCUGUCUGGCAAGAGCAACAAAUGGGAUUUUGAUGAAGAAAUGGGGUGCCUGGGUUUGGAUCACUGCAACAAUGAGAUGCUUCUAAAUCUCUGUCCUUUAAGAUGA